GGUGGGGUUGGCAGUCGAGCUGGCGAGUAAGCGAGCCUAGCUCGGGCCAGGGGUUGUCGUCGUCGGGUCAGCGGAGGGAGGAAAGGGGACCCCGCCUGGCGCCAUGGCCUGCGCGCUCGUGCCUUUCUGCAGCUUCCAGGACCUGGAUGCGGCGCGGGACUUCCUGUGUUCGCAGCUCCGUCAGGUCGGCGCUGCUGGAACCGGGGGCGCCAAGGAGAGCGGCGGUAAAGCAACAAACUGGGAUGAAGAUGGUUGGGGAGCCUGGGAAGAAGCAGCAACUCAAGAACCUGAGGAAGAAGAAGAAUCAGCUUCCAAGGCACAGGCAAGUUCUUGGCUUCAGGACUGUGUCGUUUCUUUGUCGCCAACAAAUGAUCUCAUGGUAAUAGCUCGUGAGCAGAAAGCUGUUUUUUUUGUCCCAAAAUGGAAGCACAGUGAAAAUGGGAAAGAAGAAAUGCAGUAUGCAGUUGGUUGGAGUGGCUCUUUGAAUGUUGAAGAAGGUGAAUGUGUAAACAGUGUAUUGUGCAUCCCACUGGCAAGUCAAAAGAGGAGCUCCACAGGCCGACCUGAUUGGACCUGUAUUGUUGUAGGCUUCACUUCUGGCUAUGUUCGCUUCUACACGGAGAAUGGAGUACUUCUCCUGGCACAGCUUUUAAAUGAAGAUCCUGUCCUGCAGCUUAAAUGCAGAACAUAUGAGAUUCCACGGCAUCCUGGGGUUACAGAGCAGAAUGAGGAACUGAGCAUCCUGUAUCCUUCAGCAGUUGUGACAAUUGAUGGUUUCAGCUUAUUUCAGUCCCUCCGGGCAUGCCGAAAUCAAGUAGCAAGAGCUGCAGCCUCCGGCAAUGAGAAUGUUCAACCGCCUCCAUUAGCCUAUAAGAAAUGGGGUCUGCAGGAUGUGGAUACUAUAAUUGAUCAUGUUAGUGUGGGCAUCAUGACUCUGUCACCAUUUGACCAAAUGAAGACUGCUUCCAAUAUUGGUGGAUUUAAUGCAACUAUAAAGAACAACCCUCCUGCUAUGUCUCAGUACAUUACAGUAGGAUCAAAUCCUUUCGCUGGUUUCUUUUAUGCCCUUGAGGGUAGUUCACAGCCACUGUUGUCCCAUGUUGCCUUGGCAGUUGCAAGUAAGCUGACAUCUGCAUUAUUUAAUGCUGCCAGUGGUUGGCUUGGCUGGAAGCACAAGCAGGAAGAAGAGCCUCUGCAGAAGCAGAAACCCAAGGUUGAGCCUGCAACUCCUUUAGCUGUAAGGUUUGGAAUUCCAGAUUCUCGCCGUCAUGGAGAACGAAUAUGUCUUUCUCCUUGUAACUCUUUGGCAGCAGUAACUGAUGAUUUUGGAAGGGUUCUUCUAUUGGAUGUUGCAAGAGGACUUUCUAUUCGAAUGUGGAAAGGCUACCGGGAUGCACAGACAGGUUGGAUUCAAAUUGUGGAGGAUCUACAUGAAAGGGAGGCUGAAAAGAUGGAUUUUUCUCCUUUUGGCAUUGCUCAGGGGCCAAGCAGAGUGGCGCAGUUCCUUGUGAUAUAUGCUCCCAGGAGAGGAAUCUUGGAAGUAUGGAGCACACAACAAGGUCCCAGAGUUGGAGCUUUCAAUGUAGGGAAACACUGCAGGUUGCUGUAUCCUGGGUAUAAAAUAAUGGGCAUGAACAAUGUAACAAGCCAGGGCUGGCAGCCUCAGACUUAUCAGAUCUGUCUUGUUGAUCCGGUGUCUGGAACAGUCAAAACAGUUCAUGUACCUUUCCACUUAGCAUUGAGUGAUAAGAAGAGUGAACGAGCAAAGGAUAUGCACCUAGUGAAGAAGUUGGCAGCCUUGCUGAAAGCUAGAACAUUAAAUCUGGUAUCCCACCCAGACAGCCUUAUGGCUAAUGUGGCAGAAAUGUUUGAAACUGAAGUGAAGGAACUAAUUCUUGAUAUAAAAUAUCCUGCUACUAAAAAACAGGCUUUGGAAAGCAUCCUGGCAAAUGAGCGAUUGCCACUAUCUUCACUUACAAACAUUGCACAGACAUUGAUGGAUACAUUAAAAAAUCAGGAGGUGGAAUGCAUCGAUGAAGGGCUGUUACAGUUCUGUGAAAACAAACUAAGGUUAUUGCACCUUCAUGAGUCAGUCAACAAAUUGAAUUCUGUUACAGUACAGUCUGAGACAAUUCCAUCUAAUACUGACUUGGCUCAAUUACUCCGAUUAGAUGAAAAAGAGUUUACUAGGCUGCAGAUGUUACUGGAGAAUUACAAGCAGCAGAACACCCAACUGUCUGUGCAUUUUGUGGAAGAUAAAGAUGGUGUGCUGCCUGUGAAAACUUUCUUGGAGUAUUUGGAUUACGAACAGGAUGUGAUCGGUGUGAAGAAGCUAGAUGAGAGAGAAUACGUGGCUUUAGGAAGCUUUUUUUUCUGGAAAUGUUUACAUGGGGAAAGUUCAACGGAGGAAAUGUGCCAGAUGUUGGAGUCUGCAGGAUUUAGUCCUCAAGUGUUACUGUUCUUGCUUCUCAGUGUGUGGCUGUCUAAGGAAAAAGAUAUUCUUCAGAGAACACAGUCAGUUUGCUGCCUUCACGCUGCACUGUCCCUUUUAAGCAAAAUGACAGUUGCUGUAGAUGAGUCGUGGGACUCUCAGUCAGUCUCUCCCUGGUGGCAGCAAAUGCGCACAGCUUGUAUUCAGUCUGAAAGUAAUGGAGCUGCCUUGUUAUCUGCCCAUGUUGGGCAUUCUGUAACAGCACAGAUAACAGAUAGCAUAGCAGAGAAAAAGCUUUCCCAGAUAACUGUAGGUGCUGAUACAGACUCAUGGGAAGCACUCUCACUCGACACUGAAUACUGGAAGCUGCUGCUGAAACAGUUAGAAGACUGCCUAAUACUUCAGACACUCCUGCACAGUAAAGUGAGCAGGAAGACAAACCAAGUCUCAUCUCUGCAGGCUGAACCACUUGAGAGACUCUCUGUGAAGAAGCUGCUUGAAGGAGGAAAAGGAGCCAUUGCUGACAGAGUAGCAAAAUGGGUUUUCAAGCACGACCUUGGCCUACCAUUACUGAGACUGGGGUGGCAGAAAGAAGAAUCUGAAAGUGAAGAGGAAGUGCCAGAAACUAGCAGAGCUGUUCUCACUGAGUGUGCAGAAGACCAGCCAGGCUUAGAAACCAUACUAGAAUUACUCCAUUUAGCAUAUCAGCAAUUUCCUUGUAGCCUAGAGACGGACGUCCUCCAUGCGCAUUGCUGUUGGGAAUAUGUUGUGCAGUGGAACAAAGAUCAAGAGGAAGCACGUUUUCUCAUCACGUCUAUAGAACAUCUCAGAUGUAUCAAUAACGCUCAUGUUCAGCAUGGAAUUGCUCUAAUGAUGUGGAACACAUUUAUAGUGAAAGGACUUUCUGCUGCUACCUACUUAAUGGACAAGGUUGGAAAAGCACCAAAGGACAGAUUAUGCAGACGGGACGUAGGAAUGAGUGACAGUGCAAUGACUUGUUUUCUUGGCUCUUGUUUGGAUCUUCUUCACACUUUGAUGGAGGCUGAUGUGCGGAGUGAUGAAAUGCAGCUUCCUGUGUUGGACACAGAAGAUGCCUGGGUGUCUGUGGAGGGACAGAUCUCACUGGUGGAGCUAGCUCUUGAACAAAAACACAUCCAUUACCCUCUGGUUGAACACCAGUCUGUGCUCUGUACUGUUCUUUAUGGAAUCAUGAAGUUUUCACUGAAGAGUGUGAAGCCCCUCUCUCUUUUUGAUAGUAAGGGUAAAAAUGCCUUUUUCAAAGACCUGACUUCAAUUCAGUUGCUACCUAGUGGGGAUGUGGAUCCAGCUCUGCUGUCUACGAGGCAACAAUUCUUAACCAAACUAGUGAGCGCAGUGGCACAAGCCCAGUCAUCUUCCCAGAAAACAAAAAACAACCCAGCAGAACUGGUGGUUCUGUCGGUGAAAGACAGAGACUGGCCAGCCCUGGCUUUGGAUUUGGCGCAGCACCUUCAGGUCACCGAGGAUGUGAUCAAACGGCACUAUGUGUGUGAGUUGUAUAAUUACGGCCUGGAUCAACUUGGAGAAGAGGCCAUUCUUCAAGUACACGACAAAGAAGUCCUUGCAUCUCAGCUACUGGUGCUGACGGGACAGAGGCUGGCUUACGCCUUGCUGCAUACCCAGACCAAGGAAGGCAUGGAGCUGCUUGCCAGGCUGCCACCCACACUCUGCACUUGGCUUAAAGCUAUGGACCCACAGGAUCUUCAAAAUGUAGAUGUGCCAAUUACCACAACUAAAAAACUGGUGGAGAAAGUGAUAGAACACUUGCCAGAAAACCAUGGGCAGUACAGCGUUGCCUUGAAUCUAAUUGAGGCAGUGGAAGCCAUGUCAUGAUGGUAGCUUUAUCAAUUCUGCUGAUAGUUUCACACCGUUCUCUCCACUAAGUUAAGUGCAUGGCUUCUGUACAUACAGAAGCACAAGCAUCUAGAGGAAAGUAUUCUAAAUGACUUUUAUAAACAACUUCAGAAUUUUAUGAGGCGGUAUCCAUGUGAAGUUCUACCUUACUGUGGUAGGUAAGACCAGCAGUCUUUCACCUUUGUAUAUUUGUCUAUAACCCUAAAUAUUUAUUUUUAACUCUUAAACAUUUGUGUAGUAGUUUAGGUUUAAGAACAGCUUUGAUGCUGUUCAAGUCAGCACAUUAAGAAUUUUUCAUAUGCUUAAGAUAAAACUGCUGCUUUUUAAACAUUAAAAUGACAUGAAUUUAAUCAGAAGCUAAGAAAACAGAGCCUCCCCCCCUCCCAUAUGCUUAGGUAAUGCUUCUGGUUUUCAAACUGGUAGCUUGACUACUUUAGCAAUGAGGAAGCUGCUUGUGGCAUUAAAGGGCUGCUUCUUCCCAUCAUGGUAGGCCAAGUGGCAGUUGUGCUAGCAGUUACUCCUCUCUAAAAACCAAGAAUGCUUCUUGGGAGAAGAGAGCAGGUCCACUUUUAGAAGGAAGUAUCAUGGCAGAAACUGAAAAAUGAUUUUGACUCUUAGAUGGUUUGAUAAGUUAUCAAAAAAGAAAUCAGGACUCUAACUGAAGCUGAUCAAGUUCUGUAGAAACAUUAGUCUUUUUUGUAACAACUUCUGUUGUUGUACAGUCUGUUGUAAAAAUAUUGUAAAUUGUGUGUAACACUAGACUCCCUGUGUUGAAAUACCUGCUUUCUAUACGCAGCUGUCCAAGAUAUGAAGCAUUAAAGUUAAAAUUGACAUUC